AUGAAUUACAUUUUGGACAUUCUAAACUAGAAGAAUUUUAAGAGAAAUUAGUAGAGUUACCAUUACAAAUUUUAAAAGAAUAUUAUUAUACUGUUUUGGAUACUGAAAAUGGUAGAAUAUACUUAACAGUUUUUCAUUAUUAAUAAGAAUAAUCAAUAACUAAUGUUUAUAUUAGUAAUUAAAUAAGAAAAUAUUUCUAAAUUGUUUUAACAAAUAAUUUGUAAUGGCAAAAGAUUUUGA